ACAUUACGAAUUCGAGCACCUUCUUUGCUUACGAUCAUAUUCGGGUUUCCAAAUCCGCAAAAUCGGACGCUCAUCAUCGAAACCGAUCAAUACUCUCUCCCCUUCGUUCUUCCUCCCACCGUCGAUCGUUUCAUCGGCCACUCAUCGCUCCGUUCAUCUCAUCUCUGUUCUUCACCAUUCGAUUUGGAGCCUUUAAGAGGUUGAUUAUCCGUUGAGGCACUCUAUACAGGCUGUACAAAAUGUAUUUUGAUGGGUAUGGAUAUCGUGGAACAUCAUUUGAGCAAAGUUAUCAAUGUUUCUCUACAUCAUUUAUUGAUAAGCCACACCUUGAAACUGGAGAUAGAAUUAUAAUGCCUCCAUCAGCCCUUGAUCGCCUUGCUUCUUUACAAAUUGAUUAUCCAAUGUUAUUUGAGCUACGAAAUGAUGCUGUUGAGCGAGUCUCUCAUUGUGGGGUUUUGGAGUUUGUUGCAGAAGAAGGCAUGAUUUACAUGCCUUAUUGGAUGAUGGAGAACAUGCUUUUACAAGAAGGAGACCUAGUGCGAGUGAAAAAUGUCCCCCUUCCAAAGGGAACCUAUGUUAAAUUACAACCACACACAAAGGACUUUUUGGAUAUCUCGAAUCCCAAAGCAAUCUUAGAGACAACACUUAGGAAUUUCUCCUGCCUCACCACUGGAGACAGUAUUAUGGUGGCAUAUAACAACAAGAAAUAUUACAUUGACAUAGUCGAAACGAAGCCAUCCAAUGCAAUAAGUAUCAUUGAGACAGAUUGUGAGGUGGAUUUUGCACCUCCCCUGGAUUACAAAGAACCAGAGAAACCUGUUGCACCCACAAAAGGGAAGGAACAAGUUGCAGAAGCUCCAGAUGCCGAAGCAGAACCCAAAUUUAGUGCUUUCACAGGAACAGGAAGACGUUUGGAUGGUAAAUCAUCAAAUCACCAGCCUCAGCCAAUUUCAUCUUCUAGGUCAGGUGAUGCGAAGCAAUCGGGUGGUAGAAGCAGAUAUGGCCAUUCACAACAGUCUGCUGGAUCUAGCUCAGUGAACGGAGCUCAUCAGUCUCAGGGAAAGUUGGUAUUUGGACAAAAUGCUAAUCGGAAUCCUAAAGAGACUCCAAAGGAGGCUUCAAGAGAGAAUAAAAAGGAUCAGGCUGAAAAGGAAGACCCCAAAUUCCAACCUUUUACUGGGAAAAGAUAUACAGUCAAGUCUUGCCGAUAUAUAGUAAGGAAGAGAGAGAGAUAGAGAGAGAGAGUUGAGUAAGUCUAGAAGAAGCACAUACCAUAGUAACCAACAGCUGUUGCGCUAACCAAAACCGUAGGGCGAGCUGCAUCCGGUGCGUCAUUGAUUAAGCUUACAACCUUCACAUUAGUUAAGUAACUAAGUAGACGAGGUAUAUUAAAUAUUGCGACAUAUCAGUUUUUUUGCUUCUGUAAGCUAGAAAAGGAAAAAGUCCUUAAAACUGUUUGCAGUAUUCUAAUAGUUAAGUUGGAUAAAUUUUUA